AUCUGUUUGGUGGUUCCGUGGUGCGAACAAAAGUUGUGGUCCAACGGUCAAAAGCGACACUUGACUCGACUGUCACUCGACUCUCGACUCACCCGCUCUCGGGGAGUGGUUUCGCUUUGGAUCUUCUCGGCGUAACCGAAUGGAACGCACAAUGUUCCGAAGAGAAGUCUUGUGGCGAACUUUGUAGGGGGGCUAGUUGGGAUUCGAAAACCGCUAGCUAGGCAGAAUGUGUGCCUGUGCUGUGUAAAAUACAAAAGCUGGUCUUUUGAGCCGAGUACUUCAAUUUUUGAGGCUCCACCCCGACGUUCAAGUGUCCAAACAGCAUUUGGAAAGCGAAAAGGAAAAUGAAAAAGAGAGCCAUAAUACGUAGAGCUCGGUGCAGCAUUCGCCUUGAGCUCGUUAAUCAUGCCUGGGCCGAACAACCAAGUGCUAGCGGCUUUCCUCUGGCUAUUCUUCAUGGCCGUGGAAGCCCGUCGGCAUCCAGAUUUCAAUCCUCGAAGGACUGCCAACAACAUGAGGUCCGACAACUAUGCCCAAGCGGCAGCCCGACAGCAACAGAUGCCUGAAACCUCUUCGCAGGAGAAGGACAAGAGUGAUUCCGUUGACAAAAUAUUUGCCUAUCCCUAUGAAGACUACAGGCUCGAGAGCAAUGGUCUCCAAGUUAUCAUUGUUCCUUUAGGUGAUGACUUCCCUGGAAUCGUCUCGACGCACAUCACCAUCACAACAGGCUCCAGAAAUGAAUUAGAGCCAGGAAAGACGGGGAUGGCGCACUUUUUUGAGCAUUGCAUGUUCCGUGGAACCAGCAACAUUUCAUCCGAAGAAUUUGAUGCAACUUAUGCUGAAAUGGGAGCAUCAUACAAUGCCUGGACAUGGGUCGACACCACAAAUUAUUACGCAACAUUCCCCAAAGCAGCAGCUGAUGGCACCAACAACCUAGAGGUUAUCAUGCUGUAUGAGUCUGACAGAUUCAAGUAUCUCAACUACGCAGAAGAUGAUUUCAAGACUGAAGCUGGCGCCAUUUUGGGUGAAUACAACUACUACCAGGACAAGAUUUGGAAUACCCUUGAUGAAGUGCGAAACAAUCUGUCUUACGCGGUUCAUCCUUACAGGCACCCAGUAUUGGGAACCCUUGAGGAUAUCAAGGACAUGCCAAAUGAGCUAGAGUACAGCCGUGUUUUCUUUGAGCGCUUCUACAAGCCUGAGAAUGCCAUCUUGAUGGUGUUUGGAGAUGUUGCAGUCAAUGAGACCAAGGAACUCAUUGAGCAGUACUGGGGUGAUUGGGAACAAGGAGAAGGCUAUGUGUCGGAUAUUCCACAAGAACCUGCUCGGGAAAGCGCUGUGUAUGAGCACAUUGAUUGGCCAGAAGCAAGCACCCCUUGGCUUUCUAUUUCCUUCAAUGCAGCAAACUUCACAGUUUCUGAACCUGACACAGCAGCACUGGACAUCAUUCAGUUUAUGGUAUUUUCGUCUGCAAGCUCACUGCACAGCAAGCUUGUGAUUGAAGAGCAAGUUGUCAUUGACUUGCAGGCAUGGUAUUACUGGUUCAAGGAUCCAGCUCUGUUCAUGAUUGAAGCCAAUGUAGCCAACAUUGAUUCACUAUGGUAUGUCAGGGAUGAAAUUCUGAAGGCUUUAGCUCAAUUACGAACAGAAACAGUGUCAAAUCAAGCGCUCGAUAGGGUCAAGUCCAAUCUGAAGUAUGGGGCAGCUAUGGGCUUCAUUUCUACUGAUGCCAUUGCUGAUGACAUUCAAUAUUAUGUAUCCUUGACUGGCAACCCUGAUAGCAUCAACCAGCUCUAUGCCCUUUAUGACAAAGUAACCCCAGAGACCCUUCUUGCUGUUGCCAACAAGUACUUCACAGAUGAUCACCUUGCCACGAUUUCACUAUCUCAUGCUGGUGACACACUCCCAGAACCUCCAACCCCAGCUUCAGCUGAUGUCAACGUCAUGGCUGGAUCAGUUGAUGCAAUGGUAGAAGUAGCAAUGGCUGAUGAUGGUUUCCAGAUUGAUCAAGUCACCCUUCCGAGUGAAUCUUCCCAGUUGGUCCACUUUGAUAUCCGAUUCCGUGUUGGGGCAUCAGAUGAUCCUAAAGGCAAAGAGGGGCUUGCUGCAUUGGCUACUCAAAUGGCAAGCUAUGCUGGAAGUUCUUCUAUGACCUACAAUCAGAUCCAAGAUCUUCUUUUCCCCAUGGCAGCCUCCUGGGAAAGCUCUACUGGCAAAGAAUACUCCUACUUCAGUGGAACAACUCAUGCAGACAACGUUGAUCGGUACUAUGACAUUAUCUCAGAGAUGCUACUUGAUCCUGGGUUUCGCGAAGAUGACUUUGAGCGCAUCAAGACUGAGACAAUCAGAAGCAUCGAGGAUGAGGUGUACAGUGAUAGCUCUGUUGGGCUGCGGGCUUUUGAUGGGACUAUCUUUGAAAGCCAUCCAUAUGAACACAACAAACACGGAAACAUUUCCUCCUUGGAGAACAUCUCUUUGGAUGAUGUGAAAGAGUUUUACUCCAGUUGGUUUACAAAAUCGAAUCUGAUUCUAGGUUUGGCUGGAGGAUUCUCAGACCAGUUCGUCAAGAAGGUCCAUUCUGACCUGCAAAAAUUGCCCGAAGGUUCUCCGCCUGACAAAAGCUUCUUGGAGCCACCACCUGCGAGGAUUGCAUCAAACGCCAUCAUUAUCCAACAAGAGGCCACACAAGCAACAACCGUUACCUUUGGUUUUUCGCUGCCAGCAGGUAUGAUGUCCCGAGCACACCCGGACUUCCCAGCCUUGGUCAUUGCCCUGAACCACUACGGAAGUGGCGGCUUUUCCUCCAAGCUAAUGUCCGAGAUUAGGGUGAAACGGGGUAUCAACUAUGGAAACAACGCUCGCCUGCGCUAUGGCGGUUUGGCUUUCCAAGUGAACCUGGGUGCCAUGGAUACAACAGAGAUUGCGCAUUUCACUACCCGUCUUGCAAUGUUUGAACUCAACAAGCUCAUUUCGCAAGGGCUUACACAGCUAGAAUACGAGUUUGUCCGAAACAGCAUUGUGAAUGUGCUGCCUGUUGCCGUUGACACUCCGUCCAAGGUUCUAUCCUUGGCAAUGGAGGGUUUAGAGUAUGGUUUCGGGUCUGACUAUCUUGAAUUCAUGUUGCCUGCCUUACGGAACACUUCGUUGGUCGAAGUUAAUGCCGUCGCCAAGAAGUGGUUGCAAGAUGAAGCAGUUUCCUUCGUCUUCGUCACCCCCGAUGCAGCAGAGAUGCACUCCAGACUGAUCAAUGAGACGGAAUCUACCAUUAGUUAUGAUGCGGAAGACGUCCCAGUAGAGGUGAUGUUUGACGACGAAGUAAUCAAGGACUACCCACUUGGUUUGGUGCCCGAAAAUGUGGCUAUUGUAAGUGCAUCCGACUUGUUCGGAACUACCGUUGGUGGAAUUCAAGCUGGAAGCGAGGCUGUGGUUUUGGAGGAUGCCAACCAAGUACUGGGCUUGAACGAAGGCGCGAGCACAAACUCAGAAGAAAAGGAAGAUAGUGGGGAAGAAGAAGUUGCCACCGAAUCCAGUUCCAGUUACAACGCCGAGAACGGGAACGACAACGACAGCGACAACCCCAAUCCCAGCAACGACAACGACAACGCAGAAGUCGAAAGUACUGUAGCGAACGAAGGUGACGACAUUGAUACGAUGGACAUUGAGGUGACUGAUGAUUCGCAAAUCGUUGCCGACAGCGCUGUUCAAGCAAGCGGCUGUCGAGGUUUGGCCUUGGCCGUGAUUGGAUAUGCUGCAGCUUUGCUUGCGGGGCUCUUCAUGGUAUAGUACUUUUGCUGAGACUCAAGCCCGUAGAAUUAUUACUCGAGUUCAUGUUUCAUGUACAUGCAUUUCUCCACUUCCGUUGAUGCUAGCUAGACAAGUUUCUUCCUGGAAAAUUGCACGAGCACUUCCAUUCUUG